AUGAUGAGGGAACAAGAGAGGCAGAGGAGAGAGAUAACCUGGCAAACAUCGAUCCUAAAGUACCAGCACGGGGUGAAGUAUGUCCCCGAGCCGGUUGAUGAGAGGGAAGUGAGUGAUGACUUUGCAGGGCACGAAAAUGAGGCUCAACAUGCGGUACACUUGCGGAAGGUUUUGCAGACAUUACAGGAGCAGAAGCUAUACGCUAAAUUCAAAAAGUGUGAAUUCUGGCUGAACAAGGUGGUGUUUUUGGGACAUGUUAUCGGUGGCGAAGGUAUCUCGGUGGACCCUCAGAAGGUUGAGGCUAUCGUGAACUGGCUGAGACCUACUACCGUGACAGAAGUAAGGAGUUUCUUAGGUCUCGCAGGCUAUUAUCGAAGAUUCGUUCAGAACUUCUCCAAGAUUGCAGUGCCAUUGAUUGAGUUGACUCGAAAGGGGGAACCAUUUGUCUGA